AUCACCCUGAUUAUAGAUAUGGAACCAGAUUGUUAUGGCAAGGCAGGUGCUAUUACCUAUUGGACUGAAAGGGAAGAUGAUUCAGGUAUUCACUUUCAAGUGAACAGCGCCUCUUCAUUUCUCGGUCUGCCACAUUCGGGAUCCAACCAACGACCAUUAAGCUACUCUGCAACAACCGAAGAAGUUCCGAAAAAAAUCAAAUGGAAAAUGAUUGCUGGCGGUCGAUUUCAACAUUUUCUCUAG